AUGAAUCCUGUGAUUUGCAGUCCGCAAAUACUAAAUCCCGCUUUUGGCAUUUCACCUCUGCGAUUCAAUUAUCCGACGGUUUCCCGAAAAGACAACACCUUCACAAUUCGUUCUUUAAAAGAAAACGAUAGUUCAAUUCCAACCGCGGAGAGCAAGGGUUCAUCUGAACAACUCCGAAGGAAUGCUUAUUUUCCGCCACAGAUAGACAGGAGCCAAGUGAUGUGGGACUUUGUGUUCAUGCCGGGUCUGGGACCCGAGGCUCGAAGCAUCACGACAACGCUGAAAAGCCAACCGGAGAUCUACAACAAGACCCGUAAAGAUGUGGUACUAGGCAAGAGUGGGCAGUUUCAGCUUCCUUCAUAUGUCGUUAGCAGUGACUACACUCCGUUCGUUUUGCACAUGUUUUGCAAAAAAAUGCGAGGUUGUGGGUGUGACGGUGAUAUUGGAUGUGACGACGGAAGUGGUCUCUUCGGUAGAGCCUUUGGAGCACCACUGGUUGUGGAAUUCAUGCCGGACAGUCCCACUCGACCGCUAAUGCUGCGGAAAAACUCGGGCGUAGAAAUAGGAGUGAUGACAAUGGAGGUCCGUUUCGUCGCGGCCAUGGAUCCCGAUGACUUUGGAGAGGUGACAAUACGGCUAACGUUCUUCUUUUCAGUGGUGCACUGCUUAUGA